GGAGUAACAUCAAUGGAUGAUUUCUUGCUCAAGUUCUUCCCUAAAGUGUACCGCCGGAAACACGAGCCAGCGCUAGACAGCAACUACUGCAAGUACGACAACCAAGGCCUUCAGCUGUUCACGUCGUCGCUCUACCUCGCCGGCCUCACCUCCACCUUCUUCGCCUCGUACACCACCCGCCGACUCGGGCGGAAGCUCACCAUGCUCAUCGCCGGUGCCUUCUUCCUCCUCGGAGUCAUCUUCAACGGCGCUGCUCAGGACCUCGCCAUGCUCAUUGUUGGCCGAAUCCUGCUUGGUUGCGGUGUUGGGUUCGCUAAUCAGGCUGUUCCCUUGUUCCUCUCUGAGAUUGCACCCACCAGAAUCCGAGGGGGACUCAACAUCUUGUUCCAGCUCAACGUCACCAUUGGCAUCCUGUUCGCCAACCUCAUCAACUAUGGAACUGCCAAACUUCACCCAUGGGGAUGGAGGCUCUCUCUUGCCCUUGCCGGAAUCCCAGCAAUCCUUCUCACUGUCGGAUCGUUGCUCGUUACCGACACCCCCAACAGUCUCAUCGAGCGGGGGCACCUUGACGAAGGAAAGGCUGUGCUCAAGAAAAUCCGAGGAACCAACAACGUCGACGCUGAGUUUAAUGAGAUCGUCGAGGCCAGUCAGAUCGCUCAGCAGGUCAAGCACCCGUUCCGCAACCUCCUCAAGCGUCGCAACCGUCCCCAACUCGUCAUUGCCGUUAUGCUACAGAUAUUCCAACAAUUCACCGGCAUCAAUGCCAUCAUGUUCUACGCCCCGGUACUCUUCAACACGCUGGGGUUCAAGAGCGACGCGUCCUUAUAUUCAGCUGUCAUCACCGGAGCAGUCAACGUAGUCUCGACCGUUGUAUCAAUCUAUUCAGUCGACAAGGUAGGACGCCGUGUCCUCCUCCUAGAAGCCGGAGUCCAGAUGUUCCUUUCUCAGGUCAUCAUAGCGAUCAUCCUCGGGAUAAAAGUCACCGACCAUUCAAAAGAUCUCAGCAAAGGGUACGCGAUUCUUAUAGUGGUGAUGAUCUGCACUUUUGUUUCAUCCUUCGCCUGGUCGUGGGGCCCGCUCGGAUGGCUCAUCCCCAGCGAGACGUUUCCUUUGGAGACGCGCUCGGCUGGGCAGAGUGUGACCGUUUGCGUCAACUUGCUCUUCACCUUCGUCAUCGCUCAGGCUUUUCUGUCGAUGCUUUGUCAUCUCAAGUUUGCGAUCUUUGCGUUCUUCUCGGCUUGGGUUCUGGUGAUGUCGCUGUUCGUGCUGUUUUUGUUGCCCGAGACGAAGAAUGUGCCCAUUGAGGAGAUGACUGAGAGGGUGUGGAAGCAGCAUUGGUUCUGGAAGAGGUAUAUGGAUGAAGAGGAUGAUACCGAUGUAAUCAAGCACGCCAAUGGUGCUAAACCAGUGCAACCAUAGUUUAUGCUUUUGAUUCGAUUAAGUUAAGCUUGUGCUGGAAAUUGAAUCAUAUAUGAAUAUAUAAUAUAGAGAUCUAUGUUCUCAGCAAAAUUGAGUAUAUAUAUGUGGGGUGUUUUUAUUGGGAGCUAUACCCUCAAACAGGAAGAUAAUGUUUUCGAUCAUCAUAAAACAUUGAAACAUUUGCGUAUCAAGAUGUAUCGAUUCAGAUUACGUUAAAACUG